AUGACGGGCUCCGUGCAUGACUCACGCAUAUGAUCGCUCCGUAUAAAGUGCGCAGGCGGCAGGGCGACCUACAGACAUAUAUAUGUGAAUUGUGUGGAAUCAUGCAGGGGGAAUAUACACGGUUUUUAGAGCGUCUUGUUUUAAGAACCUAUGGGCAGUAGAAUAUCGCGGCGGAGAAGGAUGAGUAGCCAGGAAGAAAGCGAUCGUGAUCAAGCAAACAGUAACAGUAGGCCUAGUGGCACUGCCACUGGCACUGGUACAAAUGCUGAAGGAUCUUCAUCUCGUCCCGCUGCUGGCAGUGCAAGUGGAAAUACUAGUAGUAGUAGCAGGCGAAUUUUACAACGGUCAAGUGAUGGGGGAUGGGUUUCUGUUAGUCUUGAACGUACAUCUGAUGAAGAACCUGAGCUUGAUUUGACUACCAUCCUUAGAUUUCUUAUUCAAAGGUCAGAAAAUGAAAGUGGUCAAGUGCGAGUAGUGAGAUCAAGAGAACUUGGGUUGAGUGGCCUUUUUGGAGAUGAUUCUGGCGAUGAAGAUGACGAUGAUGACUUUGUGCCAGCGGCACGAGACCCACAGUGUAACACGGCGUCAUAUACUAAUUGUUGCCAUGAUAUUGAACCGGACACAAAUGGACUUGAUAAACAUGACUUGAAAGGUGAAAUCUUGACAGCUUCUGGCCGCAGACCAACCGCCCAACGUCCGCAGAAAAAUAGUAGUUUUAUUGACAUGUUGAACAAGAGAGAAAUUGGAAUGUUAAAGCACCUACACUUUACUUCCGGUGACCGCUCUGAGAUGUCUACAGGGUUUAUACCAAAUUGUAUGGAACGGGUGGCCUCCUAUCAUCACAAGGCAUUCUGUGGGCAGUUCUCGCAAAGUGGCGAUGUCUUCAUCACUGCUUGUCAAGAUCAGAACAUACGCAUAUAUGACACAACGGGGAACAGGUUUAGACAGUUAAAGGGAGUUGCAGCACGAGACGUUGGCUGGAGCGUUGUAGACACUGCAUUUAGCCCUGAUGGUAACUUUGUGAUAUACUCAAGUUGGUCUGAAUUUGUGCACAUGGUUAAUGUCUAUGGUGCUCAAGAGACACAUGUUGCACUGGACCUGUGCCCUAUGGACCGUAGGUUCUGUGUGUUCUCACUCAAGUUUUCUGAGGACAAUAAGGAGAUAUUGUGUGGAGCAAAUGAUAGGUGCGCAUAUGUCUAUGACAGAGAACGAGGGGAACGAACGUUGCGGGUGGAAGCACACGAAGACGAUGUGAACUGUAUUGCAUUUGCCGAUUGUUCAUCAUACAUUUUGUACAGCGGUGGUGAUGAUGGGCUUGUUAAGGUUUGGGAUAGAAGAACAUUGAGUGAAUCUUACCCAAAACCGAUAGGUGUAUUAGCAGGUCAUUCUGAUGGUAUAACACAUAUUGACUCAAAGGGUGAUGGCCGAUACCUCAUCUCUAAUUCCAAAGACCAGACGAUAAAACUAUGGGACAUCCGUAGGUUUAGCUCAGAUGAUGCGCAGGAACAGACGAGACGAGCUGUCGCUAACCAGUCUUGGGACUACCGUUGGCAGGGUGUGCCGCGCAGAUCUCAGAGAAAGCAGCAGCUGUUGGGUGAUUCGUCCUUGAUGACGUACAGAGGGCACUGCGUAUUGCACACGCUUAUACGUGCAUAUUUCUCUCCACUGUUUACAACGGGUCAGCGAUACAUCAUCACUGGCUGUGCGACGGGCAGCUUCAUUGUGUAUGAUAUUUUGACUGGAAAGAAAGUGGCAAAACAUAAACAGCACAAGUCAUGUGUGCGAGAUGUAGCCUGGCACCCUUACGACAAUGUGAUCAUGACCUCGUCGUGGGAUGGAAAAGUUGGUCGUUGGUACUACAAACGUUCAGAGCCUGACCUUGUUGAGACCAGUGUCAGUGGAGAUGAAGGAAAUACUGACACCACCAGCAACACAGAGACCCAUCCUCAGCGCACCUCUGGUCUGCGAGACCGCUUGCGGAGUGCUCUUGGUUCCAGAUCAAGCCACGAGUGAAUCUGCCUGGGACCUAGUUCUGGCUUUCCAUAUUUCACAAAAUAUACGGUCAGGAUUGUUAUAUAUCUCGUGUUCUUGAAGCAUUAGAAUAAAGAUUCUAAUGACUGUCUUACUUGUUACAUACUAGGGGGGGGGGGGGUUACAUCUCCCUUCCUUACAAGAUCGUACUAGAAUGCAUAACUAUAAACGAGCAACAUUGAACAGUAUCUUACUAAACGAACAACAGUAAACACUAUUGAAUUACGACCGUUAUGGGAGGUCUUACACAUAGUCACUAAAUCGGACAGCUGGUUUCCUGUUACAUCCAGACCUUCGAACUGGUUCAGGACAAUCUUCAGACGUGACAUUUAUUAUAUUGUCACUGUUGUCAUUCACAACAAUAGGAUUGUCAUCUGCACAGUCAGUCAGGGUUUCGAGUGUUGAUGGUACUUCAACGGGUGACUGGAUGGGUGGCAAUGCAGUUAUUGCCUUCUCAUAGGUAUCCGACUGUAGCUUCAUGGGUAUUCGUCUCUAGAGUGAUUGGUGACCAUUUCGACGUUCCUGCAGAUGGUACCGUGGUUGGCAGGAAUCUACGUCUCAGCAUAAUUCGAUUUCUCACAGUCAGUAGGCCUGAUGGAAGACGGAUAACAUACUUUCGAUUCUUGAGGUUACGCUCUUGCACCACACCGUAUUUAUCCCAUCUUCUGUUACACCUGUUCUGUACUAAGACAGGAUCACCUACACUGAGGACAGGUAGGGGUUUACCAGGGCAGUAUUUCUCAGCUUUCUGGCAUUCACUGGAUAUCAGCUUAUAGUCGGCCAGUUGUUUAUGCCAGUCUUUGCUCAGGGCACUCUUGUGUGCUGGAAUUACUUCAUUCGCCAGGUGUCAAUAUAGGUGAAUUGCAGGGUCUAUCCCUGUACCCUUGUGGGGUGUAUUCCUGAUGGAUAGCAAACCACGAGUCCACUUUUCAAAAUCCACUUCACCAUUCGUCACACAACUGCGUAGUAGGUGCAUUAGGAAAGCACAACAGAAUUUAUUCGCAUCUGAUUGGUUCAUAUUACAUUACAGUUAUCCGGGUACUUAUGCCGUAGUGCAUACAUGACAUCUCCUUUUUUUUCUUUUUCUUGAAUAGAAGAAGAAGAAGUUGAAUAAAACAAUUGAACUCGAACAGCAAAACUAUUCAGUAAUAAACUUGACUGGCAAAUUAUCGAUUAGAUAUGGAAUUGUCAAUUAUAAUCAAGUACCCAAUACAUUACCACAUCUAAUUGCACCAUGUAUAACUAUGUUUGCAAGACUGAAUUGUUGAGAACAAUUCUGGAUUGGAUCAAAAUGCAAAGCUUUUUUUAACUGAUUUCAGGAGUUCACCUGACUAGAACAGUCAUUUAUCAGUCACAUUUCAAAUCCUCAAUUAUCAUUCAACUUUGAACACUAACAGACGAACUAUGCAGCAGGGCUAGAAGUUGCUAGCACAUAGCCCACUGUUGGAACUGGUCUUUACCACCAAUUCAAUCACACCGAACAGAAUCACGAUUUGACGUAAUCUUUGUAACGACUUGGUUCCCUGAUGAUUCUCCCGGAACGAGUAGUGUAAGUAGUGCUCUGCCGUGCCGGUUCAGUAUGUUCGGCAUGUGCUAGGAGCUCAUGGUGCUCCAGCGAACUUCCUGAUGUCGGGAUUUCAUUGAGUUCCGGACCAGUUAUUACAGGUUUCGGUUCGGAUGUCCUCAGUAAGUGUUUUCUGUUUCUCCUGUAGAAACGUCUGUUGGGUGUUUGUACUAUGUAGGACCUUGGCGCCAUGUGUUGCUGUUGUACUACAGCUGGUUCCCAAGUUUUCUGGGUCCUGAUCCUGACGGUAUCAUCAGUCUGUAGCUCUGGUAACGGUUUUGCAUGCUUGUUAUAGAGGCGUGCCUGCUCAUUCUGUCUCAUUUUGAGCUGACCACAUGCAUCCUUUGCAAUAUUUGGCAUCAGCGAUGUACUUUUUGCUGGUAAUCUCGAUCGAAGUGUCCUGCUCAUAAGCAGCUGAGCGAGAGAGUAAUUCAUUCCAGCAAUGGGUGCAUUUUGGUAUUUGAGUAACGCGAUGUAUGGGUCACUCGUUUCCUCGGCUGACUUUCUAAGGAUGUACUUAACUGUUUGUACAGCCCGUUCACUGCAUCCGUUUGAUUGGGGGUAGGUUGGGCUUAAGGUACAUAGUUCAAUGUCCCAUUUCCUAGCAAAGUCUUUGAACUCACGGGAGUUAAACGGUUGAUUGUCAGACACAAUAGUUUCCGGUAUCCCGUGCUUUGCGAGGAUGGACUUAAGAUGCAUGAUCACCUCACUCACGGCUUUUCUCUUGAGUAGGCUGAUUUCUGGGUACUUGGAGUAGUAGUCUACUACAACAAGGUAGUAUUUUGCCCCAUACUCAAACAAGUCCCUACCGAGUUUUUUCCACGGUCUGUCUGGUAUGUCGUGUGGAAUUAGCGGUUCCUUCUGCUGUCUCUUCUUGAAAUGGUUGCACGUUUUGCACCUUGAUAUGAAAUCUUCGAUUGCUGAUGACAUUCCAGGCCAGUAGAUGGUGUUACGCGCCCUGGCCUUGCAUUUCUCCAUCCCGAGGUGACACUCAUGUUGAGCACAGUGUUGAGCAUUUCCUUACGCAUUUCUCGAUGCAUUAUGAGUCUUUCCUCGUAGAAUAGCAGUUCUCCUGCCUCGUACAGCUUAUCACGUAUGUUCCAAUAUGGUUGCGUGGCAGGAAGUGCUUGGGACUUCUCUGCCGGCCAUCCAGCAUGAAUUGUGGACCUGAGUUCCUGAAGUUCCGUGUCUCUCGCAGUUUCAUGCUUGAGUUGCUCACACUUCUGCUCGCUCACGGAUAGGUUUUCCACGAAUGAGUGAACUUGGUUGUCCAUUUCCUCGCCGAGUUCACUGUCCUCAUCUGAUUGAGCAGAAGCUUCUCCUUUGUAGUUCCUGAAUGCUUGGUCAUUCGAGAUUUCUUCCUUUAAGAACCUGCAGACUCAGAAAAUAUGGGGGUACUAUGUCACUCCCAUUGUAGCGGACUCUGCUUCGAGAGCAAAGUAUCUAUCAUCUUCAUCGUAUAUUUUCUUUAAGACUUUUGUUAGGACAUCCGCUUCAGCCGGGAGAGCGUGGAAGAGAGCCUCCCAAGGAAACUUCACAUGCAGAGCCAUCAUGCCAUGGAUGACUACGACCGGGGUGAGACCCGUAUACUCAGACUGAAGGGCAGUCACUUCUGUGCGCAACUUGGUAGAGGUUUUCAAGUCUUCAAGAAUCUCGACAAGCUCAGCUUUAGGGAGAUUUUGGCGGAUCGAUCAAGGCCAUCUUAGACGUCUCAUUGAGUAAGUCGACGACUUUCUUGGAUAUCUCUCCCUGCGAUAAGGGAGAUUCUCUGGACGUGUUCCCAAUGAAGGACUCAAUUACCAUGAUGACAAUAGCGCCGCUUGCAGGAUUGGCGAAGGGGCCGCCGAGAGCCAUCAAAGACCUCAGGUAGGAUAAUACUCGCAAGAUGCGAAGCAUGUCUUUGUCAGAUGCUUCCGGGAGCAUAUUCUGGAGGCUCGGGCCCCACGCUGUCGGUCAAGACGCUUCUGACACCAUGUAAUCUUUUGAUACCAGAAAGUCCACCAUUAGGAAAGCACAACAGAAUUUAUUCACAUCUGAUUGGUUCAUAUUGCAUGAGAGUUAUCCGGCUACUUAUGACGUAGUGCAUACAUGACAGAACCCUUUAUCAAAGUUACAUUCUUUUACCUUUUCCACCACUUUACUAUGGAAUUUUGCAAUAGGCUAGGCUUUCGAUGCAAGUGAUGAAAUUGGUGUCGAGGUGUUCACACAGAUUUUGUUGUCUCGAUUAGGCUUGAAGUAAUAGCCACAACUUCUUUAAUGUCUUGUUGCUUGGCAACAGGGAGCUGUAGUCGAAGAGCAUCUACACGGUUGAAUGUAGAUGGUUUCAUGGCGGACGCGAUGGCAAUUUGCUGAGUUUCCCAAUCAAACUGUGAGUUCAGCUUCUUUGGCGAAGACAAGAAAGGAUCGUUGCCAGCUCCUAAGGUCAAUGCUAGAGAAGGCGUCCAUAUCAAAUUUUUCUGGACAUAGUGUUUUCAGUAAUGACCAGUUUACCUUCUUAGCACGAGCAUCUGGUAGGUUGCUCUGCUGCUGGACUGUCGCCUGCAUUUGCUGAGCCUGUUGGGUGAGAAUUGCAGCAAGCAUUUGCAGUAGGUCGUUCUGCUGUGGCACUGAACAGUAGCACUAUCAGCACUCAUGUCCAUCGGCAUUCUGUCUUGUGCGUCUUCUCGAGCUGCCAUCUUGUGAACAAUAGCAAUGCACGCAUACAGUACGGUUUGCCGCCUUUACUACACGUGGUAACACAGUUCCAUCACCCGGUCUCAGUUCAGGCUCACUGGUUCCAAGAUUAUAUCAAAUCUCCUCUGCCUUGCAGCGCCAUGUUAUAUAUCUCGUGUUUGUUUUGCAAUUAUCUUACAAGGAUAUGCGUGCAGUGGGUGUGAACAUGCAAUAUCCACAUGGACAAUAAACGUGAAGUACCAGGAACAAUAUAUAUAUAUAUCCCUGGUCAGCGUUUUGGGGAAAUUUCACUUGGUUUAAUAUAAUCAGGCUCCGUGAUCAGGAUCCUUGAUGCUAGCAGGUGAUAUUUAAUUCUGAGCAUGUGCCAAUUAACACGUUUUCGAUUUCAAGUUUCUAUUUCAUGUUAGCAGUAUUGGUAGUUAUGAAAACUAAAAGCAAAUGUUGGGAGUUUUUACAUUCUAAGAUUAUGUUUAGAUUUUAAUAUUUCCAGUCAAUAUUUCGAGGCUAUUCUGAAAAAUUGAGUAUAAUCUGUUUGAUUACAUCAUUGCUGUGUGAAUUUCAAAAAUAUUCAUUGAUAUAACCAAAUGGUAAUUAUUGACAGCCAAUAUUUGAAAUAAUUUGUUUUGUGUUUUAUGUUACCAAUUGGGGUACUGGCAAUAUAUAUCUAAGAAUAUUUACUAAGUGUGUUUUUGUGUCUAGAUUCAGUUUCAGAUUUAAUACUUUGUUUUCAUUAUAUUCAAUUUAUAUAUGACCUAUACAUUGAGUAAAAUGUAAGAACACAAGAUUAACAACGCUAAAGUUCAACGUUUGCAAAGAGGUCAGCACCGUACGUCCAACACGUUUAUAUGGUACACUUAAAGCUCACAAAACUUGUGUUAUCCAAGAAAGUACCAUUGGUGAUUGAUGAAUCAAUCAGGAAACAACGUGUUAGACGUAUCUUUCUAUUUAAAAGAGUGAAUUGUAUAGUUUUUAGAGUAGUUGACAUAAGAUGACAAGGAUGUGUCUAAAAUGGUGUGGGAUAGUAAUUAUAAAUAAUGUGAAAACCUUUGUAAAAUAUGUAAAGUAAAUAGGUAAAAUAAGUACUUUUGUUACUAUUAACGUAUAUAGUUAUAGCAUAAAUAAUGUAUUGUAUCAAUUUAUAGUUUGAAGGCAAGCCAUAAUUGGUUUAGUUGUCAGACAAAAUACAUGGCUUGAAAUUUU